AUGAGCAACAGUCAAGCUGAGAAGACCCUGAUGGACCUGAUAAAGCUAUUUUAUAAAUAUACUGGACAAGAUGACUUGAUUGCCAAACUUGGUCUGUUGAUAAUGAUGAUGGAGAACUUCCCCAACUUCCUCAUGCCUGACAAAAGGGGCACAGAUUAUUUGGCCAAUCUCUUUGAGACAAAGGACGAGAAUGGUUAUAAGAAGAUUGACUUUUACAAGUUUCUGUCCACUCUGGGGGGUGUAGUUACAAACUAUCACAGAGACACGGCAUGA